AUGGCCUUGCCAUUUAUGAAACCCCGUAUCCCAAUAUCGCCAUCUACUUCAGCCCGCCGUUUGGAUCUGAGCUUCCUCAAACAGACCACGUUCUGGAUGCUGCAAAUGGGGAAUAUUAUCCAAAGUUUCGGGUAUUUCUUACCAACGACAUUCCUCCCUUCCUUUUCAACAAGGACUGUCGGGCUAUCCCAGAACACCGGUACAAUGCUGGUCUCGUUGUUCAACGCAACAUCCAUUGUUGGUGGGAUAGCCCUAGGAGUACUCUGUGACCGGUUCUCCGUCACAAACAUCAUGCUACUAUCCUCAGUUGGCUCCGCAUUGUCAGUGCUUCUAUUCUGGGGUAUGGUAUCAUCAGGCUCAGAAUCGUCACCGACAGCCAUUGCCCUUCUUACUAUCUUCUCCAUCACGUAUGGCUUCUUUGCUGGUGGGUUCAGCUCCACCUGGUCUGGAGUCAUUACUCAGAUCAAGCGUGACUCCUCGUCGCCAUCCCUGGAUACUGGGCUUAUCUUUGGUCUUCUUGCUGGUGGACGUGGGAUUGGAAAUGUGAUUAGUGGACCGCUGAGUACGGUGCUGCUUCAAUCGGGGUCUUUGGGGGAUUCCGGUGGUCUGGGUGGUAAUACAGGCUACGAAACCCAGUAUGGAACUCUGAUACUUUUCACUGGAAUCACUGCCUUUUUUGGUGCAUGGAGCUGGAUGUGGCGGUAUAUCAGCCCGGCACUGCGGUGUCUCUCUUGA